UAGCAAGCUAAUCUAGGCAUUCACUUCCAACACUAACUAGUAGUGAACCAACGAUAAAGCUACAUCUUAUCUGACAGACUGGCUUAAUUGAGGCCUAUGUGAGAUUUCUUGAAUGAAAAUGAGUUUCAGUGGACGGGUAAAGCCGAACCAUCAGGGGUCUAAUGAGAAUAUAAAGAGCUUUUUUACACCAUCAGAAAAGAAAAUGGGACCCCCAAGGCAAAGCCUCCAGGUGCUCAAACCCUCAGCAGUCAACACAGACUUGCGGUCUGCUCAGACGGGAAAGGUAAUUCCCAAGAGGAAGCAAUGGAUACCUGAACAAACUAAAGGAUCAAAGAGGGUGAAGGUGGAGGUCAAAGCCACCCAAACGGAAGAUGCUGAUUGUUUACCAGCUGACAUGUCAAGUGAAGCCUAUGAACUUAUGGUUAAAGAAACUCCUCCUGCUACAUACUGGAAAGAAGUAGCUGAAGAGCGCCGGAAGGCUUUGUACGACGUCCUACAGGAGAACGAGAAGUUGCACAAAAACAUCGAGGCCAGAGAUGAACAGAUUAAAAAACUACAGGGGGAAAAUGAAGAGCUACAGGAGCUGGCACAACAUGUACAGUACAUGGCUGAUAUGAUUGAGAGGCUGACUGGGAAGGGUCCAGACAACCUAGAAGAACUGAGAGGAAUCGCUCUUGACAUGGAGGAUGAGGAUGCAGAGCAUGAAGAUGAAGUAGCCGAUCUUAGUGAACAAGAGGAAACCUACUACCUGAGUGCUGCAGAGGAUGGAGAGUCUCCAGGUCAGGAGCAGACAGGAUCCUCACUAGACCAGGAUUGACCUGGAACUCAUUUUAUUCCAAAGCUGAAUGCCACAAGUUUUCUGGCUUGGAACUUUUGGUUACUCAAGAAGCAAGAGAAGGAGACACUAUUUUUAAUGACUUGGCAUUUUUUCUUUUUUUCUAUCCGAACAUGGAGCAGGUAUAU